GUGGGCUGGGGCCAGCAGGGUAGGGUGGCUCUUCUUUUCUCUCAGCAGCAGCGGCGCCCUCCGCCCGGUUUGUUGUUGUCGGAGGCGCGCAGAGGAAGCGGAGGAGGCCAUUUUCCGGGCGCCUGGCUCUGGCUCCGGGUCUGGUUCCGGGCGAUGGCUCCGCUGCUGGGCCGCAAGCCCUUCCCGCUGGCCAAGGCCCUGCCUCCUGCUCCGCCGGGAGAGCCGCCCGAGGAGCGCUUCGUCGUCGCCCACACGCAGGAGGCCUUCCGCUCCAGAGAAGAGUAUGAAGCGCGGCUAGAGAAGUACAGCCAGCGAAUAUGGACCUGCAAAAGUACCGGCAGCAUCCAGCUGACGCACAAAGAGGCCUGGGAUGAAGAGCAGGAAGUCGCAGAGCUGCUGAAAGAGGAAUUCCCGGUCUGGUAUGAGAAACUUGUCUUAGAAAUGGUCCACCACAACACCAUCUCUUUAGAAAAACUGGUAGACGCUUCCUGGCUAGAGAUCAUGACCAAGUUUGCUGUUGGAGAAGAGUGUGACUUUGAGGUUGGAAAAGAAAAGGUGCUGCGGGUGAAGGUCCUGAAAAUACAUCCUCUGGAGAAGCCGGCGGAAGAGGAAGCGGCCACUGAGAAGAAACCUGACGGAGCCUGUGACUCCCCAUCCAGCGACAAAGAGAAUUCCUCUCAGGUCAUCCAGGACAACCAGAAAGAGCUGGCGCUAAAGGAGGAGGACAGCAGGAGAGAGAGUCUGAAUGACCGAGCGCGCCGAUCGCCUCGGAAGCUUCCGACUUCGCUGAAGAAAGAAGAGAGGAAAUGGGUCCCUCCAAAGUUCUUGCCGCACAAGUAUGAUGUCAAGCUGCAAAACGAAGACAAGAUUAUCAGUAACGUGCCAGCCGAGAGCUUGAUCCGGACAGAGAGGCCACCCAACAAGGAGAUUCUGCGCUACUUCAUCCGCCACAACGCGCUUCGGGCCGGAAUGGGCGAGAAUGCCCCUUGGGUGGUGGAGGACGAGUUGGUGAAGAAAUACUCUCUUCCCAGCAAGUUCAGCGACUUCUUGCUUGACCCACAUAAAUACCUGACUCUCAAUCCUUCAACAAAGAGGAAGAGCACAUCGUCGCCUGAUAGGAAGCCUUCCAAAAAGCCCAAGUCGGACAGCUCUUCUCCAGGUCUGAACCCCUCGCUGUGGUGUAGCGUGGCCUUGAAGAAAACCAUCAUUGGCUCCCCGCUGAAAGUCAAAAACUCCAAGACCCCCAAGACCCCCGCUGAGGAGCUGGAGGAAAUGAUGAAACUGAUGUCGCCUGGGAAGCUUGGCAACAACGUGAACAGGAAGCGCCUGGGGAAAUCCCUGGACCCCAAGCAGAAGAAUAAGAGGCUGUUGAAUGGGCAGAAGUCAUCUGGGAAGUCACGGUCUCCCAAGAAGGACUCCAAGAUGAAGAUGAAACAGAUGACACUGCUGGACAUGGCCAAGGGCACGCCCAAAGUAUCCAGGGCACCACGGAGCUCUGGGGCUGGGCCCAAGUCCUCCAGCAAGCCCUCCAAGCAUCUCCCGCCCGCCGCCCUCCACCUCAUCGCCUACUACAGGGAGAACAAAGGCCGCGAGGACAGGAAGAGCGCCCUCUCCUGCAUCAUCUCCAAGACUGCCCGGCUGCUCUCCAACGAGGACCGGGCCCGCCUCCCUGAGGAGUUGCGGGGGAUCGUCCAGAAGCGCUACGAACUCCUUGAGCACCGGAAGAACUGGGCCUCCAUGACGGAGGACCAGCGGAAGGAGUACAUGAUGAAGAAGCGGGAGAAGCUGAAGGAGAAGCUGAGGCAGAAGGCCAGGGAGCGGCGGGAGAGGGAGAUGCUGCAGAGGCUAGAGAAACAGAAGCGCUACGAGGACCAGGACCUCAAGGGGAGCCCCCUGCCCACCUUUAAGCUGGUGGAUACACCGGAAGGGCUCCCCAACACCCUCUUUGGGGACGUGGCCAUGGUGGUGGAGUUCCUCAGCUGCUAUUCGGGGCUGCUGCUGCCUGACGCUCAGUAUCCCAUCACCGCUGUUUCCCUCAUGGAGGCCCUGUGCGCUGAGAAGGGCGGCUUUCUCUACCUGAACAGAGUUCUGGUCAUUCUCCUGCAGACGUUGCUGCAAGACGAGAUUGCCGAAGACUACCUGGAGCUGGGCAUGAAGCUCUCCGAGAUCCCCCUCACCCUGCAUUCUGCCUCUGAGCUAGUCCGCCUCUGUCUCCGCAAGUCAGAUGUCCAGGAGGAAAGCGACGCUUCGGAGAAUGCGGAAGAGAACAAAGACCUGGCUGCUUUUGAGGACAAUGAGGUCCAAGACGAGUUCCUGGAGAAGCUGGAGACCUCCGAGUUCUUUGAGCUGACCUGUGAGGAGAAGCUGCAGAUCCUCACGGCACUCUGCCACCGGAUUCUGAUGACCUACUCGGUGCAGGAUCACGUUGACGCCAAGCAGCAAGCCUCAGCCGAGCUGUGGAAGGAGCGGCUGGCGGUGCUGAAGGAGGAGAACGACAAGAAGAGGGCAGAGAAGCAGAAACGGAAGGAGAUGGUGGCCAAGGGCAAGGAGUACGUCAAGGAGGAAAACAGCUUGGGGAAGGCCGGGACAGAGAAGAAGAAAGCCGGGGAGGUGGAGAAGGUGGUCAAGACGGAGACACGGGUAGAGAUGGAGGAAGACAUGAUCAGCACAGUCAAGAGCAGGCGACUCCUGGCCAUCCAGGCCAAGAAGGAGAGGGAACAGCAGGAGAUGCAGAUGAGAGUAAAACUUGAGAGAGAAGCGGAAGAGGAGAGGAUUCGCAAGCAUAAGGCUGCAGCCGAAAAAGCUUUUCAGGAUGGCAUUGCCAAAGCCAAGCUGGUCAUGCGGAGAACACCAAUAGGCACAGACCGUAAUCACAACAGGUAUUGGCUCUUCUCUGAUGAGGUCCCUGGCCUAUUCAUAGAGAAAGGUUGGGUGCAUGAUGGCAUAGACUAUUGCUUUAUGCCGCCUGAGGGGCAGGAGGAAGAAGACGAGGAGGAGGAGGAGGAGGAAGAUGAAGACUACCAACAAGAUGCCACGCAGGAGACCCUUGUGGAAGGCAGCAUCCUGAACACUCCUCCGCAGGGCAUCCUGCCCGUCCCAGAGAUCCCCGUGGAGAAUACAGUGCCCAAGCAAGGGCAGAACCUGUGGUUUCUCUGUGACAGCCAGAAAGAGCUGGACGAGCUGCUCUCGUGUUUGCACUCGCAGGGGAUAAGGGAGAGCCAGCUGAAAGACCGGCUCCAGAAGAGGUAUCAAGACAUCACCCAUUCCAUCCACUUGGCCCGGAAGCAGAACCCAGGCCUGAAGUCCUGUGAUGGCAGCCAGGAAUUGCUGAGCUUCCUGCGCAGCGACCUCAUUGAAGUGGCCACGCGGCUGCAGAAAGGAGGCCUGGGGUACAUCGGCGAGGGAGAGUUUGAAGCCAGGGUUACUUCACUGGAGAGCUUGAAAGAUUUUGGGGAGUGUGUGGUUGCCCUCCAGGCCAGCGUCAUCAAGAAGUUUUUGCAAGGCUUCAUGGCCCCUAAACAGAAGCGGAGGAAGCACCAAGGGGAGGAUGCCGUGGCCAAGGCUGAGGAGGUGGAUGAAGAGAAGCGGGUGGCCGAAGAAGCCAAGGUUGCUUCGGCUGUGGAGAAGUGGAAGGGGGCCAUCCGGGAAGCACAGACUUUCUCCCGCAUGCAUGUGCUGCUGGGGAUGCUGGACGCCUGCAUCAAGUGGGACAUGUCGGCUGAAAAUGCCCGCUGCAAAGUGUGUCGCAAGAAAGGUGAGGACGACAAGCUCAUCUUGUGCGACGAGUGCAACAAAGCCUUCCACCUCUUCUGCCUCAGGCCUGCCCUUUACGAGAUCCCAGAAGGCGAGUGGCAGUGCCCAGCUUGCCAGCCUUCCGUCGCCCGGCGCAGCUCCCGGGGCAGGAACUACGCUGAAGACUCUGUGGAAGAGGAGAGUGAGGGUGGCGAGGAGGAGUCAGAGGACGAAGAAGAGGAGGAGGAGGAGGAAGAGGAAGACUAUGAGGUUGCUGGCUUAAAACUAAGACCCAGGAAAGCAGCCAAGGGCAAGCAAGGGGGCACUGCUGCAGAUCCCCCGAGGCGAGGCCGGCAGCAGGGCAAGAAGCGGGCAAUGCACGCCUCACGAGGGUCCCGGCAGCAGGCAGCAGCUGUCACUGAUGCGUAUAUUGAUGAGCUGGUGCUUCAGACAAAGAAGGUCUCUCGCAGGCAGGACCUGGAGUUGCAGAAGUGUGAGGAAAUCCUCAACAAGCUGGUCAAGUACCGCUUUAGUUGGCCCUUCAGGGAGCCGGUGACCACGGAGGAGGCGGAGGACUACUUUGAGGUGAUCAGCAGCCCCAUGGACUUCCAGACCAUGCAGAGCAAGUGUUCGUGUGGCGGCUACCGCUCUGUCCAGGAAUUCCUGGCCGACAUCAAGCAGGUCUUUUCCAACGCUGAGCAGUACAACCAGAAUGGCAGCCAUGUCCUCUCCUGCCUGGAGAAGACAGAACAGUGCUUGAUAGACAUGCUCCGCAAGCACCUCCCCGGCCACACGUACGUGCGGCGGAAGCGUAAGCGGCCCCUGGCCCCAGCCGGUCAGGGACUCGAGGAGGGCUCCGUCGAAGGGGACAGCGAUCCCGAGGCCUCAGACUACUUGCGAGGGCGGAAGAGGAAGAAAUGAGGAGGGGCACCGGGACACGCUCGGAGCAGGCCUUCCCCCUUGCGUUGCCCGCAGCGGGAUCAGCGCCUGGUUUUGCCCUGCCUCAACCACCCCUCGCCCGCCACCCUCCCUGCCAGCCUCUCCCAUGGCUCGCUCCCAGCAGUGUCUGGAAGCCCCGGAUUGCCAUUUGUCAAGCCUGAAAAGAUAGAGGAGCAUUUCCCCAACGGUGAUGCCAGAGACGGGUUUUGCAACUAAGGAGGUUUGCCAGGAAUGGAGCCACCCGCCCACCCCACCCGUUCUGGGGCAGCAAGGUUUGAAGGCUGGGGAGGAUAUCCCUUUCUGUUGGAGCUGCCGUUUUCCUCCCUCCUCUGCCAUCUUGGUUGCCCUUCUGGUAAAGGACCGGAGCCGGGCACCAGACACAAGUCUUGGAUGCGAACCAGCCCACCUGCUGUGGGUUAGGAGAUGGUGUUGGUAUUUAUAAGCAACUCCCCUGUCGACCGGGCAAGCACUUACCCUCGAGGGCCAUUGCCAUUCACCAGCAUCUCUGUACAGACCCACUUUUUUGGGGGUGGGGGGUGUCUCCUUGUCUCUCUCCCCCUCGACUUUGGACAACAGGGAGAAAGGCAGUCCCUUCCCGGUGGCACUUCCCUGCCCCAUGCCAGCUCCCCAAGUGCGCAGCGAGGAGCAGUGCGAUAAGGGACACUGGUUCUCUGGACUUUGUAAACCCUGUCUUUUUUCUACUUAAGGAAAGAUUCUCAUUUUCCAGCAGUGGUCUUGUACAAAAGGAACAAAAGAAACAACCCCCCCCACCCACCCCCCUGUAAGAUACAGUCGUCUCGUGGCUUCGACUUGUACUGUACAGUUUAUAUGAGGAUGUGUUUGCUUUAUGACAGCCCCCUGACCCACCUACCCCCCUUUCCUCCUAAACCACUUAGUUUUUUCCCCCUUGGAUCACAUAGUUGGCAUUGACCCGGGGGUCCGUCAGGGUUGUUCACUUUGUAGACUUGCCCUUGCCUGCUUUUGUAGCCAGGCUAUUCCUCAUCUCUGCCACACACUUGCACACCCCACACUCGCAACACAACCCGGGCUGAAUUGCAAAUCUUGCAGCCCAGAGGAAGAGGUGGGCAGCUUCUGGCCAUUCAUGGAAGCUUGCUUUUUCUCUUGGCCUCCUCCUCCUCCUCCUUCAUUUCAGGGAUAGUAGUCCCAGGUUGGCUCUAACAAGAAGGAGUUGCUUCCUUGGGGAAGUGAAGAUUUGGGGGACGCUGCCAGGUCUUCUCUAGUCCCUCUCCUUUUGGCCAUCUUUCUUUGCCUCUCGCACUGACACCCCUCGAUCUCGCAACCUGUCCCCCUUUUUCUCCUCUUUUGUCUCUUCUACCGAGAUGGGUAUUACUUUCCCUCCUCCUUUUUGUGGCAACCUCUACACAAUAAGACUUUCUGGGACUCUGUUCUUUUUUAAGGUUUGUUGUUUGGGGGAGGGAGGGGGAUUCUGCUAAGGGCUGUACUUGUAAUAAACCAGAAAUAUAAAAGGUUUCUCCGUCUGCUUGUGGA